AUGACCAAUCCUGUUUUUAUGUCUCCGAAGGAUUGUGAGAAUGUUUUUAGUCUAGAGUAUGAUACCUUCAAGCAACAAAUCUCUUCAUGCAUCGCACCGCCACAUGAGGCUGAAACAUUCCGAGCUCUGCCGGUCCGAGCUUCCCAUCUGAUCUUCACAAAUUUGUUUCUUCUUUCGCUUCUAUUCAGAAAAUUCAAUGAUACAAAUGACGAUCCGGAGAUCAUGCCUAGUACUAACACAACCAGCUCCAACAGCAAAAUAAGUCUCUCAAACUGGUUGAGACCGAAAAAAUCGCGCCAGAAGCUACGCAAACGAGGGGCCGAAGCAGGAGCUCUUACAUCGGCUAGUUCGACUACCUUGGCCAGUAUCAAGACCACCACAACGCAAUGCUCAUACUAUAACGGGAGUAUUGUUAAAAACGACGAUGUCCCACCGUUACCACCAAUUGCGCCAUUACAGGCCCAUCGCGCCAAAUAUCGGGCCCGUAAUGCCGGUCUUGAUACGCAAUUGGGUGAGAAUAUAGAUUAUACGACUUUGUUGCAUUCGAUGAGUGUGCAGGAAGGGUUCGAGUCUGAUGAACCACUCAAUUAUGUCUCCGAGGAUAGGCCACGAGGUGAACCUGGAGUUGCCAGUUUGCCAUCCCCGAUAUGGUGCUAUAUUGCGGACUCACUCGAUCCCAAGACGGCGGUUUGUCUGGCGUUGGCGAGUAAAACAUUAUACUCCAAACUGGGUCCGCGGCGAUAUCUGAACGCACUUAACAACGUGCCGGAGAACAGACAACACAAAUUGGAGUUCUUGGUAUUUCUGGACCGAUACCUGCCGUACCAUCUGCUCUGUAUCCCCUGCGCACAAUACCAUCGACGUAUCCGCAUGGGACAAGAGAAACUUGCACCGACCCACACACAGGUACUGAACCCAGUAUUUGACUGUCCCAACGAGCGCAAUGCGCUCAACCCACCAUCUCGGCAUCGCAUUGCCCACGGCCGAAGUAUCCCCUUCACAUUCGUACAAUUAGCCACACGCGCACACCGUUACGGAUCCCUUCGGUACGGCAUCAAGGCCGAAAACCUGGGCCGAAGAUGGAAGUACUCUGAACCAGGAGGUGGGGGGACAUGGAGUAUCUCGACCCGCUACCACAUCCAUGAAAACCGACUCUUAAUGCGGGUAGUGAGUCAAUGUUUCGCGCCCCCCGGACUACCACCCUCGGGGAAACGACUCUUACUCUAUAGUCGUGACGACUACUGGCCCUUUUUCUCUGUAUGUCCCCACUGGCGGGACGGAGAGUUAAUGGACGUCUGUAAAUGUGCACUCGACCACAUCCCCGUCCCACGCAACACAGCCGGUCUUCAGGGAAUAGAGCACAAAUUCAAAGACGCAAUCCACGGUCGCGGAAAAUUUGAUCCGUACGCUAUACCGAGUCAAUGCGGGAAAUGUCAGCCUAUGAGACGGUGUCCGCGGUGUCCGACGGAGUAUCUGAUUGAAGUCAAAAUUACAGAGGAUAAUGAAACUGAUCCUUCUUCGUCGUCGGCGGGUGGUAGUGUUAGUGGUGUUGCUAGGAAGCAGGUUAGAUUCAGACAUGCUAUUGUCGUCACGCGCUGGAGUGAUUUGGGCGAUGGCUCGACGCCGGCUUCGUCGGCUGAAUGGGCGGCUUGUAAUGAUAUUGGUAGUACCGAAGGGGAAGAAUAUGAUUCUUUCAAACGUCUUGGUCGACGCGGAAUAUGUGGGAUAUUUGAGUCGGCGUUUACGCAUGAUACUAUUCCUGGAAGGAGGAUCAUUUCUAUGAAUCCGGAUAAUAAGACCGGUGGGGAGAAGAGGAAUGAUUGGUAUUAAUUUUACGCAACGAAUAAGAUUACGACAGAUAGAA